UAGACGUGACCGUUCCAGGAACGCAAAGUGAAGUGCCAACCCAACAAUGAGGACAUCGUUCGUAGUGGUGCUGCUGGCGCUGGCAGCGCUGGCAAGUGGUGCCGAAGACGCUAGCCCUCGCAUCACCGGUGGAACUCAAACCCUGCCCGGACAAUUCCCAUCGGCCGUCAUUCUCGAGACACCGUACCAGCCCCAGAACUGUAUGGGAACGGUGGUAAACCGACAGCACGUCCUGACGGCGGCCGUUUGUGUCAUGAAUCCGACCAGCUUCGUGAUGAUUAACCCCUUCUGGCUGCGUAUCGUUGCCGGAGACAUUAACGUGGUGCCCGUUUCGGUGCGUCGCCUUGUCCGCGAUGUAAGCCGCGUUUACGUCCAUCCGAACUACAACCGGCUGACGGACAGUAACAAUUUGGCGGUGCUGCGUGUUUCGGAACCGUUCCCCGAGUUCCACAAUACGAUCGAGCCGGCUCUGCUGAACGUCAACAUGCUGCCCGAUAAUACGCAAUGUCAGUUUGCUGGUUGGGGUGCGACCACCGAUACGGUGACGGCUGUCGUUCGUCCACAGCAGUUCCUGGUGACGGCUCCGAUCCUUGCGACCGCUUCGUGUAAUGCACCGGCCGUCCACAACAAUCGCGUUCAGCAGACGAUGAUCUGUGCCGGUGCGCUGGCUGCCAACGCGAACACCGUUUGCCGCGGAAACCUCGGUGGUGGUCUGUACUGCAACGGACGCCUGACCGGUGUUCUGUCGUUCGGACUGACCUGUGGACUGGCUAACCGUCCCGGGGUGUACAUGGAUGUGCGACAGUUCACGAACUGGAUCGAGGCUCAGUUCACGCGUACGGAUAAUCCACCACCGGGCUGGGUUCCACCGCAGCCACUGUAAGUUGAAGGCCACAGGAAAAAGGGUGGCCGCACACAGUAGCCAGCAUCAUGUUCCAUCAAGCAUUGUAAUAAAUCUUCUA